GAAUUAUGAAGUUUAUGGUGCGGAGGCGGGCGCAGUGAUAGGAAUAAGGCGUUUUCGUGACUGAGUGAAAUAUCCUCACGGAUUCCGACUGCUGGACCGCCUGAAUUACUGCCAGACCUUACAAUCGUGCAAUAGCAGUAAUGAGUAUGAGUUUAUUCUAAAGCACAGUAUUUACAUUGUAACUCAGUAGCUUUGAUCAGGUCCAUGUGAAGGAAUUAGGGGUGACUGUGGGAUGUUCAUCAGCCGUGCUAAGGUGUGAGGGGCCACAUUGCUCUCCAUGAAGAUGAUGUUUGCACCUGGCUCUGAUGAAGUUUAAUGGAGUUGAACACUUGCAAACAAAUCCUUUUGUUCGUGGGGACAAAGCCUUUCCCAGCUCCGGGCUCACGCUCGAACACUGUCGGCAUUGUUUCCUCGCCAUUGCUUCUUGUCACUCUUCUUGUCAAAGUUUAAUUAGGACAGCGGGCUUUCGAGGGACUCAUUUCUCACUUGAGCAACUUUCUAACACUUCAUAAUGAGACGGGGAAUCGGACUGAUUGAGCAAGAGGAAGGAUGGGAAGGAAUGGGAAUUCGAUGGGAAACUGGGAAUGGUGGGUGGAAAAUUCAACUUGGAGGCUGGGUUAUUAGCGGGCGUACAAUGUACUUAAAUAUGGGAGCGAAACAUCAUAAUGAUAAUUCAAAUUACGUGGACUAUCUCAUUAAAUGGUAGCAGAACUUCUAACAAUAGUUCUAUGAACAAAUAGGCCUGUGUUGUUUACUACUGUCAAACCCCUCCUGUCCAUCCCCUGCUAUGACCAACAGGGGUCGCUGCUGGUCCUCUGGAAUUCUCCAUUUUUCUUCCCAGCUGUGUCCUGUUCAUAAUCCUUGAUCCUAAUUUUUUAAAUAUCAACACCUGAAUCAUAUCAAUCCCUCGUUAGUCCCAUAUAUACGUGCUUCCCAGUCCCUUGUUUCCCAGUCUGGUUAUUGACAUCAGUCGUCCUGUUGCUUGCACCCAUUCCAGAGUCUUCCUGUUUUGACCCCUCACAGUCCUGUUUGUUUCCCUGCUCCUAUUUUCAUAAUAAAGCCACUUUUGUUCUCCCAAUGCCUGCCCUCAAGUCCUUCAUCCUUCAUGUCAUGACAGAAUGACCGGGCACUCCAGUAGUCACCUAGUGACUAUUCCCGAAGCCCCCUAUGCUCUGCAAAUCUGCCUGCACCACCUUCCCUGCACCCAGCCUCCUUCCUUAGCCCAAACCUUCUUGAGCCUGCUCACCUCGAUGGUUCAUGGACAAUCCACUAAUAGACCCAAUUAGAGACAGUGAUCCAGAGGAGGUUGACGAUCCCAACGAGCUAGCAAAGCUUCCCGCCGUGUGGAUUGUCCCGCUAUUACCAACCAGAGUUACGGUGCUGGAAGAGAAGACUGGAGGAAGCCAGGUCCGAGCUGAUGCUGGCAACGAGAAGCCGCUACCACACCCAAGUCUCCUCGAAGAGGCCACCACUCUUCCCGAACAUCUAGAGUCUAGCCCACAAGGAUCCGCUCUGCCUGAUCCUCCAGAGCCUGGCCCGGAAGAGGCCACCACUCAUCCUAAGCCUUCAGAGUCUAGCCCACUGGGGCCCGCUCCUCCUGUCUUCACCUCUGCUGCACCCCCAGAGGCUGUCCUCACCUCUGCUGAACUUCCAGAGCCUGUCUUCACCUCUACUGCACCCCUGAGGGCCAUCCUUGCCUCUGCUGUGCCUCCAGAACCUCCAUUCCGGGCUCUCAGCCCAGAGAGGACCGUUCCACCCAUGUUCCAGGCUCCCGGCCCAGAGAGGGCCGCUCCGCCUGCGUUCCAGGCACCUGGCCCAAAGAGGUCCGCUCCACCCAAGUCCCAGGCUCCCAACCCAAGAGAGGCCACAUCACCCGCAACUGGCCUCGUGGCAUCCAUGCUGCCCAAAACGGACCCAGGUGAGACCACACCCCCAGUCAGAAACACAGUUCUGGGCUGCUCGGCCUGUUCUGCUUCAUCUAACAUCCUGCAGGGAAUAUCAGUGGUCACUCCAGGUGCCCUGGUUGCGCCUUGUUCAUCUCCAGGUUCCCCAGCUGCCCCCUGCUCACCUAAUGAUGUCCUGUCAGUACCUGGCUCGUCUGGUGGUGUCCUGCCGGCCCCCACCUCAUCUCCCUUCAUCAUUUGGGUGGCCUUCUCACUGCUGCCCAAAUUCCUUUGCCGGCCCCUGCCAGCCCGAUGCCCAACUCCACUGCCACCUGACUCCACGACCUCCGCUGGCCUAACACUUGACUCCAGGGCUGCUGCCAGGCCGGAUGGGAUUGAUCUGGAAGAUGUUCUUUUGAAGGACUUAGAGUGGGACCCUCUGGCUUUGCCUUGAAUCCUGCUCCGUGAGUCCCUGCCUCAGCCAAAGGCUUAGGUCAAUCCAGUCCCAGGUCCCACGGCGGCCACCGGUAUCGGGUG